CUCCACCAUUCGUGUGUUCUCCCCGAGCGCUGUGGAGUUCGGACGCUGCAGCAUCACCUGCAUCAGGGUCGGUUGACUUUAGCAGAGACUUACCCACUGACUGAAAGCACCUUUACAGAGAAGCUCACCGCCACAGCGUAGCUGAAGUCCUUCCAGACCCUGAAGAAGACAUAAACCAGGUCGAGUCGGGGCUCGGCCACCUCGAAACCAACAGAGGCUGCUCGCUAUUGAGGGGGACGAAGCAGAAAGCAUGAGUUCAUGCAGCACAGAUGUUAAGGAAAAUCGGAACUUGGACAACCUCUUCUCCAAAGAGGGGGUUGCAGCUGAGGCUGCUCUACUCCCCAAUGGGAGUGCUGGGGGUGGGAGGAAACGUCCCUUAGAGGAGGGCAAUAAUGGGCAUACGCAUUCCAAGUACAGGCCCAAGAAGCGUAAGAAAGUCCCUGGGCCCAUUCUGCCUAAGAAUGCCCUCAUGCAGCUGAAUGAGAUCAAGCCAGGGCUGCAGUACAAACUGCUGUCUCAGACCGGGCCGGUCCAUGCGCCUGUCUUUGUGAUGACUGUGGAGGUCAACGGGCAGCUCUUCGAGGGUUCUGGUCCUACCAAGAAGAAGGCCAAACUGAACGCAGCAGAGAAGGCCCUGCGGUCCUUCGUCCAGUUCCCCAAUGCAUCCGAAGCCCACAUGGCCAUGGGCCGGACUCUGUCUGUUCACACGGACUUCACCUCUGACCAGGCUGACUUCCCAGACAUGCUCUUUAAUGCCUUUGAGACAUCCAGUCCUGUAGAUGACCCAUUUUACCUCGCAUCCAACAGUAAUGGUUCAUUCAGCACAUUGGGAAUAGAGUACCCGUUGCUACCCUCCCCUGUCCCAAACCUGGUCCAGGCCCCCUUACCUCCAGCCCCAUCCACCUUCAUCUCCCCUACAAGCGGCAAGAAUCCUGUCAUGAUCCUCAAUGAGUUGCGGCCGGGCCUCAAGUAUGACUUUGUGUCAGAGAGCGGGGAGAGCCAUGCCAAGAACUUCGUCAUGUCAGUGACGGUAGAUGCUCAGAAUUUCCAGGGUUCUGGGCGGAACAAGAAGCUGGCCAAGGCCCGGGCUGCCCAGGCUGCUCUGUCUGCUCUGUUUAACAUGCAGCUGGAUCAGGCUCCAUCAAGACAGCCAAUACCCAGAGAGGGACUGCAGCUUCACCUGCCGCAGGUCCUGGCAGAUGCCGUCUCUCGCCUGGUCGUCGACAAGUUUAGCGACCUGACGGACAACUUCACGUCGCCACACGCUAGGCGGAAAGUAUUGGCGGGUGUCGUCAUGACAACGGGUACUGAUGUGAAGGAGGCUGAGGUCAUCUGUGUGUCCACUGGGACAAAGUGCAUCAAUGGUGAAUACAUGAGCGACAGAGGAUUGGCCCUCAAUGACUGCCAUGCUGAGAUUGUGGCUCGUCGGUCCCUCAUCAGGUACCUGUACUCCCAGCUGGAGCAUUUUCUCAGUAACCACGAAGAGGAGCACCACAAAUCCAUCUUUGCCAGGUGUGACAACAGACAAGGCUUCAGACUGAAGGAAAACGUCCAGUUCCACCUGUACAUCAGCACCUCCCCCUGUGGAGACGCCCGCAUCUUCUCUCCUCAUGAAGCUGGAGUGGAGGAUCAGGGAGAUCGACACCCGAACAGAAAAGCCCGUGGACAGCUCCGCACUAAAAUCGAGUCUGGUGAGGGGACCAUCCCAGUCCGCUCCAGUAACACCAUUCAGACGUGGGACGGGGUCCUUCAGGGUGAGAGGCUGCUCACCAUGUCCUGCAGUGACAAGAUCGCCAGGUGGAACGUGGUUGGAUUCCAGGGCUCUCUGAUGAGCUACUUCACCGAGCCCAUCUACUUCUCCAGCAUCAUUCUGGGCAGCCUGUACCAUGCCGACCACCUCUCCAGAGCCAUGUACCAGAGGAUUACUGAAAUCGAGGACCUACCACAGUCCUUCAGCUUGAACAGACCACUGCUCAGCGGAAUAAGUAACGCAGAAGCUCGUCAGCCGGGAAAAGCACCCAACUUCAGCGUGAACUGGACGGUGGGAGACCAAGGCCUGGAGGUGAUCAAUGCCACCACAGGGAAAGAUGACCUGGGCCGACCCUCCCGGCUGUGUAAACACGCUCUCUACAGCCGCUGGAUGCGCCUGCACUGUAAGCUGUCCUCCACCCUGCGGAUCAGAACCAUGAGGCCCAGCAGCUACCACGAGGCCAAGCAGGCGGCGGUGGAGUACCACAGCUCCAAGCAGACGCUGUUCAGAGCCUUCCACAAAGCCGGACUGGGCGCCUGGGUGAAGAAGCCCAUAGAGCAGGACCAGUUUGCACUCACCACCUGAGUUAGCGCUGGGCUGCUGCUGCUGCUGGUGGUGGUCUUUGACAAAAAACAUGUCAGACUGCUUGCUUUACUCUCUGAAACAGUUAUGGACAGCUGGUGGAAUAAUUUCCCUCCAGAUCGUCAUGGACUGGACUGUGCAUCACUGAAGAAAGAGGAUGUCAGAACCCACGGAUUUAACAUUCCUCCUGCAUUUUUAUAGUCGUGCCACUUCCUCUCAGCCAGCACUUCACAAAAAUAAAAAAAAGAUUCAGUCAGUUAUGCAACUUUAUACCAAGGACAAAUGUAAAAAGAGACUUUGGGAAUAGAAACUUGUAAACAGCACUGUUCGUUUAAAAGACACUUGUUUAUGUAAGAGUAGUGAUAUAUUCAUUUUGCAUGAAUAGUUAUACCAAAUUCAUAGGACGUCUGCGGUCAAACGUUUGUUAACAUGUUCAGUAUUGUGAUCUCAGAUUAUCAGUGUUGUGAAAACUCAAGAAUGUCCUCCCGCAGUUUGGAAAAACUGCUUCAUCGCGGCUCUUUGGCUGCAAAUUUGAGGCCACAAUGAUAUUUUAUUUUAAGCUACGCACACUCCGAUGUCUAAAAUGACAAGUCAGUAUGACACGAUAAGAUAGUCACCCACAGCUGCACCCUCCUUUUCAAAGACAUGAGGUAGAGGGAGGGUCAACACAGUAAGUGUGGCGGACCUCCCUCUGAUGUUCUUCUUCAGAAGAAAAAAAAAGGCGAUUGUCGGAUAUCUACCAAACAUUUGCUAACAUAAGCCAACAGUGGCAUCAGCAGCAGUAAAGUGCAUUGAUUCGCUCAGCAGUUUGUUUUAUUUCUUAUGGAUUCAGAGCUAAAGCAUCUGUUUGGGACUAAAAUGUUCACAUGCACAUGUGUACCAGUUUUAUUUUUUAUUAUUAUUUUAUUCAAUAUCGUGAUUUUGAAGGGGAAAUGCAGGCGCAAACUUGGAAAAAGGUCAAAAUCUUCUUAUUAUGCUGCGGAUUCAUUUUAUUUUGAUCCAGACGGUUACACCUUCAGAACAGCAGUCACUGUUCCUAAACAGCCUUCUGGGUUUAUUAAAGAUUGCAAAACUCAGUUGUGAAUUGGACUUCAGCACUCAGCCAUGGUGGUUUGUCCGGAUUGAUGCUGCAUUCAGUCCGGUUUGCCUUUCAAAGCAGAAGAAUUGCUGACUGUCAGAUGUCCGAAUCUGUCUCCUCGUACCCUUUAAUCCCUGCAUUUCCUGUUCGGUGAGCAACACUUCCAGGAAAGUUGAGCAUCACUAGCUUUGUUCACAUUUGGCCAAACAAGGGAAACACUCCAAAGGUUGAACGUCUCUCCUGAUGUGAACCCUGUUGCACUCGGUCAGAGGAACAACCCUUAUGCAAAGAACCUCCACAAGCGUUUCAGAGUUUGUGAAUCUGCCCUGUAGUGAUAGUCCACGCAGUAACUGCAGCAAACCCGGACCCUGCUGGUGUUGUCGGUGUUCACACUUCAGUUCCUGUUACCGCCAGUCACCAAAGAUGAUGUCAGCAUCUGUCAGACUUUUCAGACGCCUCGUUUCCAGUGUUGUUUUUCACGCGUCCAAAUGUUUGUUUUUCUGACUGUGUUCUGCCUCUGAACCUUGUAUCUUGAACCCUUGUGACGACGUGUGAAGUGGUGUUUUACGUGUGACGUCUUACUCUCUCAAACCAAACAAGACAGGAUCCCAGAUCACCUUAUUCCUCUAUAGCAAAUGUACAUUUCCACUUUCAGACGGUUUUUGAUUUUUACUCUCAUUUUGCCGUGAACGUCCUCUGGAUGUAAACCUGCAGCCUCAAACACACACAGGGCAUAUUUAACUUAUUUACUUUUACUGUGGGUUGAGCUCUUAUAUUUUGAAAGUCCCGCCUUCUGCUCCUGUUUAAUUGCUGAAAGUAUGUCUUAACUUCGAGCAUGUGCAAACCUGUUCCUGUCUCGGCAUACCUGACCCCAGGCUCGGCCCUCAGGGUUUUUGGAGGUGCCGGCCAAUUAUGUCUCCCCAGGAUAUGCACUUUUUAAAAAGGGAAAAACUAUGACUUUGAGGUAAAGCAAAAGCGAAUGAAUGAAUGGGAUGAGAUGGUCCACCGUGUGUCGAUCCUCCCUGUCCAUUUGUUGCCGGUUGCUGAGCCUCUGCAGUUCUGAUUGGUUCAUGCACUACGUUAUUUGCCCCAUAAAAUAUAGCAAGACUGAGGGGCCUAAUGCAUGAGCUCUAUCUGUAAAGCAUGAAAACUAUAAAUAUAAAAUAUGUAGAAUUGAGUCAAGUCA